CGCAGCUCGAGCGGCGGCCGAGCGAAACGAAAAAAAAAAAGGAAAAAAAAACCUCCGAUUACCACACGCACGAAUCCCGUAUCGAUCGAGCCCGCGAGAUCUUAAUCCCCAAAAAUCGCCGAAAAUUUUUUUGGCGAGGGGUGGUGUUGAUCGUCUGAUCCCCCUCGUCUCCCGGUGCCCCCUCUGCGGUGGAGUUUUUUGGUUUCCGCGGAAACCCUAGAAAUGGCGGAGGUUGAGGUCGAGGUUUCGGUGGCGGCGGCGGCGGCGGAGGGGGUGCUGCACCGGAGGAUCGAGUUCCACCUCGCGAGGAGGCCGCACGCCGCGGUGGCGGUCGGGGGAGGCGGGUUCCGGAUGGAGACGCUGAACCCCGACGCUGCUGAUAGGGCGGCGGCGGGGGGCGAGGGGGAGGUGAGGAGGGCGGAGAAGGGGGAGGCGGUCGGCGGGUUGGAUCCGGAGCUCAGCGUCGCCAGGAUCUACCUCGGGAGAAUUGGUGCUGGCCUGCAAAAUCUUGGGAACACUUGCUACCUCAACUCGGUUCUGCAAUGCCUGACGUACACGGAACCAUUCGUGGCCUAUUUGCAGAGCGGGAAACACAAGUCUUCAUGUCGUACUGCUGGAUUUUGUGCGCUAUGUGCUCUUCAAAAUCACGUUAAGACUGCUCUACAGUCAACGGGAAAAAUAGUGACACCAUCACAGAUUGUCAAGAACUUGCGUUGCAUUUCCCGUGGUUUCCGCAACUCAAGGCAGGAGGAUGCACACGAGUUAAUGGUUAAUUUACUUGAAUCCAUGCAUAAAUGUUGUCUACCUUCUGGGGUACCAAGUGAGUCUCCUAGUGCAUAUGAGAAGAGCUUAGUUCACAAAAUAUUCGGUGGCCGUCUAAGAAGUCAGGUGAAAUGCACACAGUGCUCACAUUGUUCCAACAAAUUUGAUCCUUUCUUGGAUCUCAGCCUUGAUAUUGCGAGGGCCACGACUCUGGUGAGAGCACUUCAAAAUUUCACUGAGGACGAACUACUAGAUGGGGGAGAAAAGCAAUAUCAGUGCCAACGCUGCAGGAAAAAGGUUGUAGCAAAGAAAAAAUUUACAAUCGAUAAGGCUCCAUAUGUUCUGACAAUUCAUCUGAAGCGCUUUAGCCCUUUUAACCCUCGUGAAAAGAUUGACAAAAAGGUAGAUUUUCAACCAAUGCUAGACUUGAAGCCAUUUAUCAGCGACUCUAAAGGCACAGAUUAUAAAUACAGCCUUUAUGGUGUUUUGGUUCAUGCUGGUUGGAACACUCAGUCAGGCCAUUAUUUUUGCUUCGUUCGAACUUCCAGUGGAAUGUGGCACAACCUUGAUGAUAACCAGGUACGCCAAGUCCGUGAGGCAGAUGUAUUGAAACAGAAAGCAUAUAUGUUAUUUUAUGUACGUGACACAGUUGGGAAUUCGAUGCCACGCAAAGAUAGUAGCACUGCCAAUAUGCCAGCGAAAAAAACAAUGCCUGAAAGGAUCUCAGGUCCAAAUGGUCUUAUCCAAAGUGGUGUGAUGGAAGCAAAAUUGAAUGAUUCCUCUUCUACUUACAGAGAUAAGAGGUUGCACAGCAUAAGCAAUGGGAACUCAAGCAUUAUGAACAAGACUUCAGCAGACUAUUGUUCAAAGAAUGAUGGUAAAACUGAAGCUCCUGGAGCCCCAGAAAACAAGGACCUGGCUUCCAGACAGAAAGCUCUUGCACCUCAAAUUGAUGACGCUACCUUGUCCGCUCAACCUAAGCAUAUUGCUUCCACUGGCCCUAGAGGGACAUCUUUGUCAGACCAGUCUGCAUCUCUGAUACAUGUGAUUGGUAAACAAGCAAUGGCUCUGGUUCCGUCACAGGAAGUGCAACCAAAGUCUGAUGGGUUAUCUACUGAUUCAGGACACAAGACUGUUACCUCUUCAGUGGCUAAUGGUGAUGCAACAUUGUCAAAGCAGGAUAACCAAACAUCCCCACAUCACAAAACAUUUUCUAAACUAGCUUCCCAUGUAAAUGGCACAGACACAGGGCUUGCUGCACAAAUAUUCCCAACUAAGGAUGCUAUUGUUUCAAACAGUGUUGUGCUACCUAGUAUCAGGGGUCCAAUUUACAAUGAGAAAGUAUGUGGGUUGCAGAAAUCCAUCAAGCAAGAUGACGAAACAGUGAAGGAAAUUCCUUUGAACAAGAACAACAUAGUGUCAGAACUUGAACAAGACAACUCUAGAAAACAGGCCAGCUCUGAAGUGUCCAUGAAGGUUGUUGCAGAUGACUCUUGCAAUGUUUGUAUAAUGAAAAGGGUGGAUUUGAAGUCAAAGAAACUUGUGAGAUAUCCAGUUAUGAACAUGUGGCUUCGGCCCAGACAACUUUUGCUACAUUCAGCAAAGGUACAAAAGAAAAGGAAACACAAUAGAACUAGUAGAAGAUGGCCUGCAGUUUGUGAGGACAUGGCAAAUGUCGCUUCUUCAGGACCUUCAGGUAACACAAGCGAGCAGCAGCCAUCAACAUCGGCAACUGUGCCGUCUGAAACCGUGCAAUGUACUCUCAGAGGGUGGAAACGUUCCUAUGAUAGUGCCACUCCUAAAAAUUAUGAUCAGUUGCAAACGAGCGAGCAGCAGGUUGUUGGAACAGUUGCUCGUAGUGACAAACUUAACUUGGACAAGAGAAACAGUAUUAGUGAAUCCGUUACCACUGCUGAGCUUCUGAAGUUGGGUCCAAGCUCUUCUGCAAACCAGAAAUAUUCAAGGAACAAUGCGGAUGCAACAUUGGGAGCUCCCCAGCACUUUAGUGUUACAAGGGAAUUGACCGAAGUUACUGUUCCACGCUGGGAUGAUGUUGCUGUGCCAAAUACUGAGGCAAGAGAAUCAAAAUGUUCUGAGAGCAAGAGCAUUGGAUAUGUUUUAGAUGAAUGGGAUGAGGAGUAUGACCGUGGGAAGGCAAAGAAAAUCAGACAAUCAAAGGAAGACUACGGUGGACCGAAUCCCUUCCAGGAGGAGGCCAACUUUAUCUCACAGAGAACCAUGAAACAGAGAAGUUAUCAAGCCAGAUCCUUGAACAAACAUGCUAAUGCUAGAAGAUGACAAUGACCUGAGAAGCAGACGGUGUUGUAGUAGCAGUGUAGCACCCAUUUUUGAAGAAUUAAUUUGUUCGUUUCGCCGUGUUGCAUUUUCAACAUUCCGGAGAAACAGCCACUGGGCUGGACAUGCAUUCACCUGCUGUUUUCGCCAUGCCGUAUCUAAUUAACAGUUUGGACAAACAGAUGUAUUCAAUUGUAAUUGGAUUGUUGUAGUAAAAUCAAGUUGGACAAUACUACCGCCAUUCCAAAUAACCUUCUGGUUCCACUACCCUGGCGAAAUUACUCUUGCAGUAGAAACAUAGCCUGUGUAAUAUACAAUGCUGUAAUUUGCGUGAUGUGACACGCUUAAUCUGAGCACUGUUGCAAACAGAAGCAA